ACGUUUUCGAAGCACACGCAUGAAGUCCAACACCACAAUGCAGUCUCAGCAGGAAUGUGCAGCAAUAUGUCCGGUGCAAGCACCAUAUGCACUGCAGCUAGCAGAGGAGUGCUUGCGCCUGGGCAAGGUCAUAGCUUUACCCACUGAUACAGUUUACGGUCUGGCCUGUGAUGCUAACAACGAAGCAGCUAUACAACGUCUCUACGAGAUUAAGGGUCGUGAUGAACACAAACCCGUUGCCAUCUGCGUAAAUACUAUAAAUGCGCUACGCCGUUAUGGUCAAGCAUCCCACUUGAGUGACGAGCUGCUAACUCGCUUGCUUCCGGGGCCACUGACUAUAGUUAUUGAGCGCUCGACGCAUCUAAGCAAUCGCUUUUUGAAUCCUACUACCAGCAAGAUUGGUAUACGCAUACCAGACUUUCAGUUUAUGCGAGAUCUUUGCGCCCUGUGGCACGAACAGCCGCUGGCCUUAACCAGUGCUAAUCGUUCCAGUGAGCCAAGUAGUCUACAAGUGAGUGAGUUUCAGGCGCUUUGGCCACAGCUGGGCGCAGUCUUUGAUGCCGGACGCAUUGGGCAGACGGAAGAGAGACGCCUAGCGUCCACUGUGAUUGAUUUAGCCACGCCAGGACGCUACGAAAUUGUACGUGCUGGUGUAGCACUUAAGCAGACGCUAUCGGUACUGCAGGAAUUUGGUUAUGCAGCUAAAUAAAAUUUGUAGCUGCGCAAUGUA